AUGCUCAACCUUGUCCGCUUUUCCGCGCGAUCGGGGCUGCGUUCUGUCCGAUGCAAUUCCACGGCAACCAGCGGAGCUCCUCCACUGCUGGCCAAGCUUCGUUCUGACCUGAAAGAUGCUAUGAAGGCAAAAGACACCGCGAGAUUGAAUGUGCUGCGAACUGUCAUAUCGGAGAUAAAUAAUGCUUCUAAAACUUCCUCUCCUAUCCAGACCGAUUUACAAUUGUUAUCGUUAAUACGCAAGAGGAUAGCCCUAGCAAAAGAUGCCGGUCAACAGUUUUUAGAAGCCAAUCGGGCCGACCUCAAGGAGAAGGAAGAUGCGCAGAUUGCUGUCUUGGAGGAAUACGCCAGCCAGGUUAAAACAAUGAGUACUGAAGAAAUACAGAGCGCCGUCUCUCAGGCCAUCUCCCAGUUGCAAGGCGAGGGUAAGAAGGCUGACGUCGGGAGCGUCCUCAAGACCUUGUUUGCGCCCGGAGGCAUUUUGGAUGGCAAGCCGGCGGAAAGAGCCGAGGUUGCACGAAUUGUCAAGGAGACAGUUGCGAAACCUUGA